AGUUAGUCCGAGGAGUACGGCGGCGAUUCUUAAAAUGUAUGUGGGCCAUGUUUAGCUGAAACCAAUACAGGUAUGUGUGGAACUUGACACACUCGGGGACGCAAUGGCCAGCGUGUUCAUACGGGGAGCGAGCGUUUGUAAGACACGGCGUGGAAAUCACGACCUGCAGAGAGCAAGAGGAUCAACAUGCAAAGUGUUGUUUUGCCGAGCCCAAUGACUACGUGUUGACAGUGUUCAUGAUACCGCGGGUCUUUUCAGCAUUCUCUGCGGUCCACUUCAGCGAGUAAAGGAGGACGGGGAUCAUCAAGAAACAUGUUCUUCGUGGCCGGGGCCAGGAACACGGCGUCAGGCGGCGGGGAUGAUAGGCGAUCAAUUUAUAAGAAAUUCCGCGAGGUAGACAUACUGGACAAAAAGAAGACAGUGACGGCUCUCAAGCCCGGCGAAGAUCGAGCUAUUUUCCUGGGUCUUGGAAUGAUCCUGUCCUCUGUCAUGAUGUACUUUGUGCUUGGGAUCACCAUAUUACGUUCGUACGCGGAAAGUGUGUGGACAGAGGAAGGUGUGUGUGUUGUGCUCAACUCCACGGUCACAGCAGACAUGAACUGUUCCUACAACUGUGGCUCAGACUGCUGGAGAGUCUCCAAAUACCCCUGUUUGCAAGUCUACGUGAACGUCAAUAACACGGGCCGCGUCAGUCGAUUGUCUCACAAUGAGGAGACGCAGGAUGCCAGCUCUGAAUGUUUCUAUGUGCCCAGGUGCCAGAAGAACAGCGCCCAAAUGCACGCCAUGAUCGUGAACAUCUCCGAGCGCCUGAAGGCCAACCAGCAGGUCCCGUGCUACUACGACCCCAGCGAGCAGCAGGAUAUGGUUCUCCUGACUCGGCUCUACGAUCACAGCGUUGUCUUCCACUCGCUGAUGUGGCCCUCGUGUAUGUUUGUGGUAGGGGCCCUCAUAAUCGUCAUGGUCAAGCUCACGCAGUACCUCUCCAGGCUGUGCGAAGAAAUCGGGAAGAUCAAGAGGUGAAGUUAUUGUACUAAAGCCAGCAGACAUGAACCAACGGACCAUUCUGCGGAUUGUUGCAUUCGACUAAGGCAUUUGGGGACGCUGACUCUCUCAAGCUAAAGUACAGAGUGAACGUUCCCAAGGAGGAAACUGGGACUUAAAGUACCAGUAUAAUGGAGAAACAAGUUUCCACUAUAUAGAAGCUAUUAUUAUAUAUGAUUUAUGACACCAAAAGACUUCAAAAGUUUGCAAGUAAAUAGAUAUGGUCAAAAUAGUAUCAAUCUCACGUAGAUUCCGAGCCAUUUUGAGAGAUAACGAGGAAGCCGGUCAUCUGAUCCGUGACGUAGAGGGAGGAACUACAGAUCCCUUCUGAGUAAGGCAGAGGCAAAAUCAUUCAUGAAAGGAAUUACUCUGGGACAUGAGUACACAAGGAAGGCAAUUAUAUGCAAUACAGAACACAGUAGGAGCGGGAAGAACUGUAAGGGGGAGCACACAAGAAGAAGGAAUUAUAUCACACAUUAGAUUAAGACACACCGGGUUUAGAGACUGAGAUUGAACCUUAUCAACAAAGACCCAACAGGUUUAUAUGACAACUGCAAUGAGGUAGAGUUAAAAAUCGGUUGCGAAUAAAUAGAUAUGGUCAAAAUAGUAUCAAUCUCACGUAGAUUCCGAGCCAUUUUGAGAGAUAACGAGGAAGCCAGUCAUAUGAUCCGUGACGUAGAGGGAGGAACUACAGAUCCCUUCUGAGUAAGGCAGAGGCAAAAUCAUUCAUGAAAGGAAUUACUCUGGGACAUGAGUACAACAGGAAGACAAUUAUAUGCAAUACAGAACACAGUAGGAGCGGGAAGAACUGUAAGGUGGAGCACACAAAAAGAAGGAAUUAUAUCACACAUUAGAUUAAGACAUACCGGACUGAAUAAGAGAUUGCACCUUAUCAACAAAGACCCAACAGGUUUAUGUGACAACUGCAAUGAGGUAGAGUUAAAAAUCGGUUGCGAAUAAAUAGAUAUGGUCAAAAUAGUAUCAAUCUCACGUAGAUUCCCAGCCAUUUUGAGAGAUAACGAGGAAGGCGGUCAUAGGAUCCGUGACGUAGAGGGAGGAACUACAGAUCCCUUCUGAGUAAGGCAGAGGCCAAAUCCUUCAUGAAAGGAAAUAUUUUGAAAUAGUGGCAAUUACUCUGGAACAUGAGUACAACAGGAAGGCAAUUAUAUGCAAUACAGAACACAGUAGGAGCGGGAAGAACUGUAAGGGGGAGCACACAACACGAAGGAAUUAUAACACGCAUUAGAUUAAGACACACCGGACUGAAUAAAAGAUUGCACUUUAUCAACAAACACCCAACAAGAUUAUGUGACAACUGCAAUGAAGUAGAGUCAAAAUGGGUUGCAAAUAAAUAGAUAUGGUCAAAAUGGUGUCAAUCUCAUGUAGAUUCCCAGCCAUUUUGAGGGAUAACGAGGAAGCCGGUCAUCUGAUCCGUGACGUAGAGGGAGGAACAACAGAUCCCUUCUGAGUAAGGCAGAGGCAAAAUCAUUCAUGAAAGGAAUUACUCUGGGACAUGAGUACAACAGGAAGACAAUUAUAUGCAAUACAGAACACAGUAGGAGCGGGAAGAACUGUAAGGGGGAGCACACAACACGAAGGAAUUAUAACACGCAUUAGAUUAAGACAAACAGGGUUUAGAGACUGAGAUUGCACCUUAUCAACAAAGACCCAACAAGAUUAUGUGACAACUGCAAUGAAGUAGAGUCAAAAUGGGUUGCAAAUAAAUAGAUAUGGUCAAAAUGGUAUCAAUCUCAUUUAGAUUCCGAGCCAUUUUGAGAGAUAACGAGGAAGCCAGUCAUAUGAUCCGUGACGUAAAGGGAGGAACUACAGAUCCUUUCUGAGUAAGGCAGAGGCAAAAUCAUUCAUGAAAGGAAUUACUCUGGGACAUGAGUACAACAGGAAGACAAUUAUAUGCAAUACAGAACACAGUAGGAGCGGGAAGAACUGUAAGGGGGAGCACACAAGAAGAAGGAAUUAUGUCACACAUUAGAUUAAGACAUACCGGACUGAAUAAGAAAUUGCACCUUAUCAACAAAGACCCAACAGGUUUAUGUGACAACUGCAAUGAGGUAGAGUUAAAAAUCGGUUGCGAAUAAAUAGAUAUGGUCAAAAUAGUAUCAAUCUCACGUAGAUUCCCAGCCAUUUUGAGAGAUAACGAGGAAGGCGGUCAUAGGAUCCGUGACGUAGAGGGAGGAACUACAGAUCCCUUCUAUAUAAGGCAGAGGCAAAAUCAUUCAUGAAAGGAAUUACUCUGGGACAUGAGUACAACAGGAAGACAAUUAUAUGCAAUACAGAACACAGCAGGAGCGGGAAGAACUGUAAGGGGGAGCACACAAGAGGAAGGAAUUAUAACACGCAUUAGAUUAAGACACACCGGACUGAAUAAAAGAUUGCACCUUAUCAACAAAGACCCAACAGGUUUAUGUGACAACUUCAUUUGAGGUGGCACGCCACAUCAUUUUAGGUAGUUUUCCGCAUAAUUUAUAUGGCCCGCCACAUAAUUUUAUGUGCUAUGCCGUUUUAAAUUUUGUGUGACCGCCACAUCAUUUUAUGUGGACCCGCCACAUAAUUUUAUGUGAUAAGCCGUUUUAAAUUUUGUGUGACCGCCACAUCAUUUUAUGUGGGCCCGCCACAUCAUUUUAUGUGAUAUGCCGCGUUAAAUGUUUUUGGACCAACACAUAUUUUUAUGUCUUCUUGCCAACUAUUUUACGUGGCCCGCUACAUCAUUUGAAGUGGCCUGCUGCAUAACUUUUUGCAUCAUUUUAAGUGGCCCGCCGCAUCAUUUAAAAUUGCCCACCACAACAUUUUAUGUGAUAUGCCGUUUGAAAUAUUUUUGGACCGCCACAUCAUUUUAUGUGGUCUUGCCAACUAUUUUACGUGGCUCGCUACAUCGUUUUGGAUAGUUUGCCGCAU